AUGGCAGCGUCUCUCCGCAGUCGUGCCGGCAGCUGCUCCCCGGAUGGACUGCCCCUCGCAUCGUCGCCGUCGCCUCUGUCGACGAUCACACGUGUGUGGAAUGACCGCCUGCGAGCACUUUCAUCUCCGCGCGACGUUUCUACCGUGGGCGAGCUUGACAACGUCAUCGAUGCCACCCCAACAGUGAAGGGGGAGGGACGGCUGCGCCAGGUUGCUGUCGUCAGCUCCGGCGGUGGACGCCUCGAAGCCGCGUCUGGUGUGGAUGAUGGCCUUACAGACAGCCCAGCUGCAACCGUGAGGACUCGCACCUCCUCGCUCUACGCAGCGAGAACCAGUAGCAAGCGCAGGGCGCUACUCAAGUGGAAGGACGCGACAACAGUGAGUCCUCGGUCUUCAUCUGUCAUCACAGCGCGCCACCCUGUCGACCCCAAUGCCGAAGUUGUGGUGAACUUUGCAAAGCCGCUGUUUCCGAACACGCUGCUGACGGAGGCCCAGGAUGAAAAGCGACUGCUCACGCUCGUGUUGGACCUCGACGAGACCCUUGUCAGUAACCGUGACUCCCGUCAUUCAUCUGCCGUGCUCCGGCCGUACUGCCUCCACGUACUGAACGCCCUGCGCCACAUGAAGGAGCUGGAGAUUGUACUAUGGACUGCGUCGACCAAGGAAACGGCGUCGCCGGUGGUGCAACAGCUGCAUAAGACGGGCAUCAUCUUCGAUGACACCAUCUACCGCAACAACAUCUGGUUCACCCAGCCGAUUCACACGAAGGACUUGCGACUGCUUGGCCGCAACAUGGACCGCGUUCUGAUUGUCGACAAUUCCGUUGGCUGCUGCAAGCUGCACCCCCGCAACUCUCUGCUUGUCGAGGACUUCCACGGCGUGCGUCGUCGCGACGACGCGGCCCUUGUGAACGUGUACUACGUGGUGGAUGCCCUGCUGCGUAUGAUGCGCGAGCGUUCGAUGUCGGUCUCGGAGGGACUGGGGUGCCUCAUAGCGGAGGGGCAGUUGUGCCAUAUGGUGAACUACGACCUGCCUGAGCUGUUCAAGUACAUACCACUGACGGAGGUGCCAGAGCUGAAGCGGCCGCCGGUCGGACGCUUUGUGCGGGCGAACACAGCACCACCAAACACGUCCAUAAUGCAGCAUUGGGUCUACUAG